ACUUCAACCACAUCGACGUUCGUAGGUCCGGAUUGAAGCUGACGACUAAUGCAGUCCCUUUCAAGUUGGUUUGCUCCAAAUAUCGCCACGAGGCCGGGCCCUUGUCCGGACCCGCUAUAAGUAGGUGAUGUACGUAUGAGUCAUUAGGAGCUUACUACUGCUGAGGUGGAUCAAUCGCAAAGUGUGCAACGCUGGCACUCAGGCUACGGGCAGGGUUAGGUUUGCAAGUGCACUUCCCCGGACCAGCGGGAGUGUUGGACUGAGCCGAAGAUAUUUCAGUCUUCUUGAGCCAUGAAUAGCACUUUACUCAUCCCUUUUUCUCGCCUCUUUGCUCAGCCAAUAUUACGCUCAGCCUUUCGUACCGCGUGAAAUCACGCGAACCCAGAACUCGUGAUGCUGCCGCCCACCGGUCUUCUAUGACCCUAGGAGCUGCGGUUACUGUUAUCCAGGCUGAUAUAGGUUGCCUGAGACUCAUAUAAAGGCGACACGUUGCAAACCCGUUUGCCAGCGAAGAUGCAACCCUCGGAAGGACACAUUGAUCCUAUCCCAAUCCUCAUAGUUGGGGCAGGACCUGCAGGACUGGUCCUCGCCCUCACACUGGUGCAGAAUGGGGUCCCAGUGCGCGUCAUUGACAAGGCUCCUGCACCUCCCGUAGGGCAGCGAGGAGCGGGGAUCAUGCCUAGGACGCUGGAAAUAUACGAGUUUCUGGGCGUCCUCCCUAAUAUCCUCAGAGCCGGGUUCAUGCUGCCCCCGUGUGCGCAAUAUGACUCGCCGGGAAUCACUAAACCGGCAAAACAGUUCGACAUGGUCACGGUGUACGACCCCACGCCAGAUUGUCCAUAUCUUCGAGGGUAUACCCUUGGGCAAGACGAAGUAACCAGAAUAAUGCGCUCUCACCUAUCAAGGCACGGGUGCGAAGUAGAGUACGGCGUAGGCCUUGUCGACUUCGAGCAGCACCCCGACGCUGUGACAGUCCAUGUGUCCGUACAAAAAGACGGUGACCUGGUGCCGGGCGUUAUCGAAGCAAGAUGGCUAGUUGGGGCGGACGGCGGUAAAGGAAUCGUGAGGAAACAACUUGGUCUGACCUUCCUUGGGGAGACCCGUGCAGAGGACGGGCUCGUCAUCGCGGAUGUCCAUAUUACUGGGCUCAGCAACGACUACUGGCAUAUGUGGGGCGACGUCUCCACAAAGUGGGUAACGAUCCGGCCCACGGAGAAAGACGGUAUCUUCUGGUCUCUCAGCGGUGGCCGACAGGCGGAUUACGAAAAAUUAGCGUCGGACCCGGAAGCUUUGAGACAGUUCGUCCGGGAAGUCUCAGGCAGGACGGAUUUUGAGCUUGGUGAAUUCGUGACCUUGAACUCUUUCAGACCUAACAUACGGAUGGUGAACAAAUUCGGAGAAGGAAGAGUGUUCUUCAACCUCGCCUGGAAACUCGCGCUCGUCCACAAAUCCCUCGCCCCCGCCUCCCUCCUGGGGACUUACACCUCCGAGCGCCUCCCCGUCAUCGCGCAGAUGCUCAACAAGACCACACAGCUACUCGACCGCGCCGUCGAGGCCGCCGCCACCAAGCGCGACAUCCCGCCCGAGCACCUGCAGGACGAGGGCGCGAACCCGUGGGUGCGCGGGAAGGUGUUCUUCCAGCUGGGCGUGAAUUAUAGGUGGAGCGAGAUCGUGGUGGACGAGGAGGCUGAGGGGAGGUGGGUGAGUGUAAGGGAGGCGUAUGGGGCGGCGACGGGUGCGGGGGGUGCUCGCGUGUACGCGGGCGACCGCGCGCCGGACGCGCCGUUCCUCGCGGAUCUGAAGGCCGGGGUUGAUAUUAGUCCUGUCGGGCCCGGGACGAAGAGGCUGUUUGACUUGUUCAAGCCGACGCACCAUACCGUGCUCGUAUUCUCUUCCGCCGUGGAAGAGGUGCUGGACGUCCUGGAGGAGCUCCCGCCGCUGGUUACGCGCUCGGUGGUCGUCUUCCCGACGCGGACGGCGGUGGAGAGGCUGCAGCCUCGGGAGACGUGGGACGGUGUGCACCAUGUUGUCAAGGACUGUUUUGGGUAUGCGUAUAAGCAUUAUUCUGCUGAGAAGGGCAGGAGGAAGGUAGUCAUUGUGAGGCCGGACGGGGUGGUGGGGGCUAUUGUCGGAGGUGUUGAGGGUGUUAAGAGGUAUUUCAUCGGUGUUUUUGGGUCUGGGCUUGCGGACUGA